UUACACAGAUCAGUCCCGCUUUGGUUACAGAGCUGUAAACGUUGUAAAACGUGGAGUGCGUUCUUCGAGAAUAUUUUCGGAUAAUAUUUCGUGAAUUUAUCAGUCUACCAUACUGUGAAUAUAUUACUUCAGUUAAUAUUUUCCUACAGUGAGUUGAGACUAAAUCUCUAGAAUUUAUCUGUGGAGGUCUUAGAGAAGGGGUGUAUUUCAUUCACCGAAAUUUUUUGGUGUUUGGAAACUAAUUUGAACUAAAUUUCAAUCACGGAUUUUACGUUAACAACUAAUGCUCAUAUAGUGGUUGAACAGUGUUGACUAUCUGUGGAUCUUUGAGAAACGAUUUGACAGUUUUCUCUUGAAAUUUCAGAAGUUCAAAAUCUUUGGUGCUUCGUCAAACUUUUCCAAUUUGACAGUUUUAGUUGAAAGUUUCAAAAGUUUAACAUCUUCGAGAAACUUUAUCAUUUUUGCAGUUUUUGUUGAGAGUUUCAGAAGUUUAACAUAUUUGGCGAAAAAACUUUGUUCAGUUUUUCGCUCUGAUUACCCGAAAACUUUAUCUUUGAUUCAGCAAGUUUUUCCAAGGUUUCCAAUUGUUUUAACACCGAUUUCCCAUAUAUUUAACAGGUAUCUCUCUUUUUCGCGACGAUAUUCCCAGGUUUUCAAUUGUUUUAACAUUGAUUUAUCUUAAAUUUAUCACAGUUUUCUUGUAGUUCGUGACGGUAUCAGGUACACACGUGUGUCUCGAGACAUUUCUCGACUAAUUGGAUAUUCGUGGUAGGUUUUCGUGACUGAAACGUGGAGUUCUGAAACUGUGUUGUGGUCGCGAAAAUGUGGGUGCAAUUUGUGGUGCUUUGGAUGGGGGUGGUGGGACCGGGGUGUCUCGAAGGACUCGCUGCUUCAAGGUCGGUGCGCAAUAGCGGUUCAAUUAGGAGCACUACUGCGCAGCCGGUCACUGUCACACCUUCUGCUCCCAGCAGGAAUUUCACCGGUCGAGGAUCACGAAGCAGAGAGCAGUACCUGUUCAACGUGUUCGAGGUGAUAGUAUCGACUCUCGAAUCGAAACUGCAGCGAAUCGAGAAUCUCGAUAAAGCUGUAUUGUAUCACAUCAGUGGCAGUGGCAAGGCAGAUAUUCGUGCAUUGCUUUUCUUCUAACUUUCUUCACUGUCAUUAUAGCGUGGACUCCACUAUA